GGCCUGCCUUUUGGUAUUUUAAAAGGCAUCUCUGCGUACUGCAUUGCUUUUCGUGCGGGAACAUUGAAGUUCAUUUGCUGGAUCUUGCAACCAUCUUAACCGUCUUUUGCGUAUUUUGUCACUCCAUUUCUUUGCUCUUGUGUUGUUGUACGUCUAUGUUAUAAGUAAAAUAUAUUCACCAGGGAAGACUGCUGAUCAAGGAAACCUCUUAACCCUAUAACACCUGAGAAUGGGGACAGAAAGUACCAGCUUGUAUGACUAUACAUAAACUUUUGUUGGGGAUUUUCAAAGUUAUAUUUUAAUUUCAAGAUCAAAAGAUGCCUCUACGUAAAAAAAGUUUGGAAUAGACUGGUCUACCACUUACUGCCUGAAUUAUUUUGCCUGUCACUUUGUGUAGGAAGUGAUAAACUUGUCAAUUGCUAUAGCGUAACCGUCCUAAUUACGUGAUUAUCUAAACAAACAGCUCUGACGACGAUCUGGCAACUCUGCUUGCCAUAUAACUUCAUGUUUUUAACUAUCAGCCAUCCCUAAAAACAACUUUGCAAAAAUGCUAUUGAGCAAGGCAGGCGUUUGCGCAGAGCCGAGCAAAAAAGAAACUGUCAAAAACAUCCUAUUUCCGUGAUUUGCAUCUUAAUUCUGUGAUGUGUGUUUUCCAAUGUGAGAUCGACUGGAAUUAUUUCUAAAGUCUAUUUUAUUAUUACAAUGGUUGCAAUACUUGGUGACUUGUCUCAGAUGCUUGAAACAUUGUCAUGUACUUUUCUCUGAUGCUCAAAAAACAGACAUGACAUUUGAAAAACUUGUUAUGCGAAUUACCAAAGGGAAUCUGUGGAGGAGAGCACACGUGGUAAUAAUUCUUUUUUUCUUAUAAAUAUUCUCCAGCCUGUCUAGUUUCAUAAUAAUAUAGUUUGUUUGGUAUAUAUUUAAUGAGUAAUUACAAAGAUAACAAUAGAUUAAAAUGUCAUACCCCCACCACACAAAAAUUUUCCCAUGUGUGAUCUACCCCAGAGAUGUUUGGGCUGUCUAUUCUGUAAAGUGCAUUAUUUUUCUGUGAUGUGAAUAGGUGAUGUAUAAUUAAAACUAUAUAAAUGGUUGUUGCUUUUAAAUAUAUCCAACAUGGCUAAACCAAAUUUUUUGAAAGUCAUCAUACUUGGAGAUGGAGCAGUGGGAAAAAGUGCGUUAAUGAACAGAUUUGUUAAUAAUAAAUUUGAUAGCCAAUCGUUUCAUACAAUUGGUGUAGAGUUUUUGAAUAAAGAAGUAAAAGUUAAUGGAGAAAUGUAUACUUUGCAAAUAUGGGAUACUGCUGGACAGGAAAGGUUUAAAAGUCUCAGAACACCCUUCUACAGGGGCUCAGACAUUUGUCUCCUGGUGUACUCUGUGGAUGAUGAACAAAGUUUUUACAAUUUGGAUACUUGGAAAAGAGAAUUUCUGUAUUAUGCAGAUGUGAAGGAUGCCGAUUUAUUUCCAUUUGUAGUUUUAGGCAAUAAAAUAGACUUGCCGAAUCAUGAAGUUCCUCCCGAACAAGUAUCAGCCUGGUGCCAUGACAAUGGAAAAAUGCAAUGCUUUGAAACUAGUGCAAAAGACUCAAUAAAUGUAGAACAAGCGUUUGUAGCCUCGGUAGAAAGAUGGUUGCAACAAGAGCAAACUUUUGAUAAGCAAAUGAAACCAGGUGCUAAUUAUAAUAAUCAAAUCAAUCUGAAAAAGCAAGGCGAUCAAAGAAAAUCAAAUGACGACAAGCUUUGUUGUUGAUGUUGCUGCUGGCAAGAAAUUAAUAUAGCUUUAUAUAUUUUGUUGAAUUUAUCUUCAUAACUAUUUACACAUUGUCACAGAGGAAAAAAUAUUUUGGGUAAAAAUACUUUUUUAUUGUGAUUAAUGAUGCACAAGACGAAUUUGCUACGUUUAAAAUAAUUUUAAAAAAGGCAAAAAUGGAUGCAAAUGUAAUGUGAAAUAACCUCAUAUAGUAUUGUAUAGUCAGGGUUGCCAUGCCUUCUCAAACCUCCUUAUUUCUACUUAAUUUUGAAAAGUCUUAUCAAAACUCCCCAUAUCUCUUCUAAAAGUAUAUUUUUGAACAACUUUCUCAAAUCUCCUAAAUUUUACAAUCUAUCCCAUCUUUUUAUUUUUAAAAUUGCUACAAAGUCACAGCAAUAAUUAGGCUCAUAUUAACUAUAAAAAAUUUUUUUGUUACCAUAAAAUUGUACUGGUAAUUUUUUUCAUGGUUAGAUAAAUGGUUAUCUCCAUAAUGGUAUGCUAGCAUUUAUUGGUAACUUGGAAACAGGGUGUGCUCUAAGCAAUCGAAUUUUUAUGAAUUUUCUGUCAUACUUCUGUGUAUACCUGACGCGCACUUUAAAAUAAGGAAACUUUUAUAACGUAUUUUUGUGCAAAGCUAUUGCUUGUCUGUUCUUGUUGUUUUUUUUAUGUAUUUAAUACUGUUAAUUUGAUGUUGCUGUUCGAAUUUUUUUUGUGUAUUUCACACAUGUAUAAUUGUAGAUGCUAUCAAUCAAAAUAAAUUGUAACAGAUGGAA